GAAGAAAACAUCAAACACUUCUCUAAAAUAGUAUGAAAAACAUUUAACUAUGUGAAUUGCUAAAUUAUAUUUCAAAAUUGCACUUUAGAGCUUCUUUCAAUGAAGAUUACCUGUUAGUCCAUAUAAAAACUAAUCUCAAUUUCUCCAAACUAAAGUCAUUUAGCGAGCUAAACAAGUGAGAUUCUAAUUGUUCCUGACCUUUCUACAUACAAAAACACUUUAAAGUUCCUUUGGAGAGAAACCAGAUUUCACAGUUCCAGAUCAGAUGUUUUAACCAGAGAAAAUGUUCGAUGUUCCGGUUGCGUGACUUGGCAAAAAGAGUUUUUAAAAGUUCCUCCCUCGCCUUAGCUCUCUAUUCGUUUUAACAGCAUGUGGCUGCUCGGUUUAUUCGUCCUCCAGGUGCUUUAUGUUGUUGAGGGCUAUCCCAGCGGCGCUCCCACGGGCGCCUGUGAGGAUAUGCUGCCUCGACACAUGGGGAUUGCCCCUCAGCCUUCACCGGCUCCCUACCGCAUUAUCACCAACAGCAUGACGUUUCUGCCAGGGCAUCCCAUCACAGUUACCAUUACAGGACCGGACUACCGGGGAGUUCUUCUGGAAGCUCGAACUGGAAGUAACACUAAUGCUUUGGGAAGCUGGAUACUUCCUCCUCCAGACACCAGAUACCUUCAGUGUGCGGGGAACCCACAAGGAGCUGUGACUCACGCCAACACCAACCUGAAGGGAAACGGCACUGUGUUCAGCUGGAUCCCACCCAGCACUACCAGCCCCAUCUACUUUAUGGCUACAGUUGCUCAGCAACGCACCGUCUUCUGGGUCAACGUGAGAUCCAGCACUCUGACCAGUGUAAAUCUGGAUGGUCUUCAUCUGGCCACAGAUGGAAGUUCUCACAUAGCUGAAGGAAAACAUUUUCUUCUCUUGGUGAUGUCUUUCUUGUUGUUUCAGGUUCUGGGGUAAAAGUAGAAAGAAACUGGCCUGAUUUGAUCUUUUCAUGUAUUUAACAUGUAACAAUGUGAUAUUUGGUUGUAUUUUUUGACAUACUUCAAAGCCAUACGCCAUGUUACAUUAACUUAUUAUUUUUUUGAAAGGUUACUUUCUUCUAAUCCUGUGAAAACCUUGUCAAAUCAGUAGCAAAGUGUAACUUCAAAGAGAAACAACCACACAGAUCGAUAAAGAACUAAAUGCAGAGUCCA